UCAACUAGGCUAAUUUUGCUGCAGGCUUAAAGUGAAAUGACAGCUUUUUAUUUCUCCAACAAUUUCAGUGUUGAUUAGUACCAAAAAAUUAUACUGCUCUUGUGCUACCCACAGUUUUUUCAUAAUGAUGUAAUAUCUUCAGGUAGUUUAGCUGAGGAGAGAAAGGUGAGCCCUUAUGGUGUUCUGGCAUUCCUGUUUCAAUGACAUGAUUGGAAAAAUUUCACCUUUAUACUUGUGAUGCUAAAUUAUGGAUGUCUAAAGGGAAAAUUCAUGGAGUAAGUGUUGCCCUGUGGGAAUCAAGGAGACCAUUUCACAAGGGCAGGUUCAGCUCAUAGCAGCAUUGGUGUUUGUGCUUUCUACACAAGCAGGGCAGGUCUUGCUCCAGUUUUGAAGUUAUUAGGCCUGGGUCAUCACCCAAGCACAGUCUUUAAUCUCUGCUCCUGAUUGCCUUAAUGGUUACUGGGUUUAUGAGCUGAAGGAGUCACCUAAAGUAUGAUGGAAAGACACUAGAAAUGUUGUCUGUUAAACAAAAGAACCUCCACAAAAACAAUAUAUGCUUGUAUGCCCAUUUUUUAUGACUGAAACAGCUGAGGAAGGAGACUGGGCAUUCCAUGGGCAUAAAAGGAAUAGCUCCUGGGAAUUUUUUCUGGUGUUUGAAGGAUGUUAUUAAUAGCGUCCUUAAAAAGAGCCAUACCAGCCUUCUCCCACUACAGUGGGUUUGGAACAGGUAGAGGAGCUGCAAAAAUACUGCAGUCUGAGCUCAUGUGAAUUUCCUGGGAAGAAGGGAGGGAUCCAAUUUCCUUCCACCACGGAAGAAGGGAAGCACCACAGUUGCCUGUAUUUUUCCCUGCCAAGACACAAAGAAAGAGCGAGCAGAAAUGUGAGUGACAGCAGAAGCAGUAAUACAUCUUUGAAUCAGCAUAAUUUCAUUAAGCACUGCAAGCAAGGCUUCAUUUCUGCAUGCUUGAAAAUAUCCAGCUGCCUUCUCUUUCUUUGGGGCAAUCACUUUUUUGGUGAGAAACAAAGCCAGGAAGGUUCCAGACUAAUGCAGUGUUCUCAGGUCUUUGACAGAGUCCGAGAAGAUUGCCCUAAUUUCCACAAGAAGAUUAAGCCUAUUAAUGCAGAACUCACUCAGCCCAAGCUGGCCAUCAGUGCUGAAGACGAGGAGGAGCUUCUGACCCGGGUCAAUGUUGUCUUCCACUGUGCAGCCACAGUUCGCUUUGACGAACCCCUCAAACAUGCUUUGCAGCUGAACGUGAUGGGCACGCAGCGGCUUCUCGAGCUAGCCCGGCAGAUGCGGAACCUUGAGGCCUUCAUCCACAUCUCCACUGCCUAUGCAAACUGCAUCCGGAAGUGCAUCGAGGAGAUCAUCUAUCCACCCCCAGCUGAGCCCCAGAAGCUCUUCGAUUUAGUUGAGUGGUUGGAUGAAUCCAUCAUUCAAGACAUCACACCCAGGCUGCUUGGGGAGUGGCCCAACACUUACACCUACACCAAAGCCUUGUCAGAGUACCUGAUUCAGCAAGAGAAAGGAAACUUGAACAUUGCUAUCAUCAGGCCAUCCAUCGUGGGAGCCAGCUGGCAUGAGCCUUUCCCAGGUUGGAUUGACAAUUUCAACGGGACCAGUGGAAUAUUUAUUGCGGCAGGUAAAGGGAUCCUGCGGACCGUCAUUGCCAACAACGAAGCAGUGGCAGACAUGAUUCCCGUCGAUGUCGCCAUCAACCUGACUCUGGCAGCUGGGUGGUACACGGCCGUGCACAGACCAAAAAACCUGUUGGUGUACAACUGCACAACAGGGGGAAUCAAUCCUUUCUUCUGGGGAGAAAUGGGGCAGUACGUCAUGUCCACGUUCAAAAGGAACCCCCUGGAGCAGGCCUUCCGAACACCCAAUGCUCACAUGACCUCCAGCUACUUGAUUAACCAGUACUGGAUCACUGUCAGCCACAAGGCACCUGCCAUCCUGUACGACCUGUACAUGAGGCUCACGGGGAGAAAGCCCAGAAUGAUGAAGAUUAUCAAUCGGCUGCACAAGUCUAUGACACUCCUGCAGUAUUUCUCCACCCAGUCCUGGAACUGGUCUUCAGAUAAUAUGAAUAUGUUAAUGAGUCACCUUAACACAGAGGACAGAAAGUUAUACAACUUUGAUGUUCGCCAGCUGCACUGGUCAGAGUACAUUGAGAGCUACUGCAUAGGUGCUAAGAAGUACUUGUUAAAUGAGGACAUGGCUGGAAUUCCAGCAGCAAAGCAACAUCUACGCAAGCUGAGGAACAUCCGAUACGCAUUCAACACCACCCUCCUCGUGAUCAUCUGGCGCAUCUUCAUCGCAAGGUCACAGAUGGCUCGAAACAUCUGGUACUUUGUGGUGAGCCUCUGCUACAAGUUCCUGUCCUACUUCAGGGCAUCCAGCACCCUCAGGCACUGAAGCCAUCCAUCAGCAACCAGCCUCUUCCAGAAGGACCUCAAUCUCCUCUAAUCAGCAACUGUGGGCAUCAGGGUCUGAAAGUAGUAGAAAAAUCCACUCUCUCCAACAGCAGCUGGCACUUAGUGUACACUGUCACAUGCUCACCUUUUUAAUUUUAACUAAUGCUUUAAUAUAAGGUCUUUCAUCCAUAGGACCAGGCCAAUUUUUAAAGCCAUUAACUGAAGCUUUAGGAACAGGUCAAGCUGGGACCCCUCAUCUAAAGUCUGAUGUGCAAGAGUAAGGAUUAAGCAAAGUCAUUGUCUUCCCAUGUACUACUCCUUAGGCAAUCUUAAUCCCAUCUUCUUUCUCAAAAGAGGCAAAUUUAAAGCAUGACCUUGGAAGACAAGGAUCCCACCAGAGAAGACCCAGCUGAGGAAAUUAACGUGUAAGAGGACUUCCUAAAGCGGCUGUUUGUUCAUUCUCAUUCAGUGAAAUGGUACAUUACUGAAAAAACAAGAUUACACCUUUAUAGUUUUUCAAAACUUAGGAGGGGGAAACAUCAGUCACACAAGGCCAGUGAACACACAGAAUAGUUUUCAGAUCUUGUAUUGCUGCUGAGGACUGAUGCUUUGAAGCCAUACCUGAAGACACACAUAGAAUUCAUGCACCUGUGUUAACUCUGCUCACUCACAAGCUGCUUUCUUACAGAGAGGUCUUCUUUUCUCCCUGUGGUUAAGGUUUCAGUAUAUUAAAAAAUUCCUGGUCCUGUCUCCCACAUUUGCUUGAGACAUUUUGGAGGUCUUGAAAAAUGCUGUAUUAACCCUGAGAAUUAAGAGAAGACUUCAUAAAAAUCAGAAGAACAAUACAGAAACCUGUCAUUAUUUUUGAAGUAUGGGUCUUUUUUUCCCCUGCAGGAAAUCUCUCUCCCUGUAGCUCAAAACCAGCCUGAUACUGGGCUUUCAUUACAGCUAAAUCACUUUGUGGUUGAUCAUUUCCAGUGGCAAAGUGUAAACACACACAUGGAGGAAGCAUCAUUGGGUCUGUUCUGCUGCCAUUCCUGUCAGGAGGCAUUAAAAAGUCUGAAACUUGUUUUUCUUGAGAAUAGGUUAAAUGUUGGAUUUAAUGAUCCUAAAGGUCUUUUCUGACCUAAGCAGCUCUGUGAUUCUUUGACUUCUCUGUAAGAACAGUCAUGCAAGAGUGAAGGUAACACUUUGUCCUGCAGUUGAGAAUUUUCAGAAUUUGAUUUUUCAGAGUUUUAGAAUUAAAUUGCAGUUUAGAAAGGAAGCCAAGGACCUUCAUAAUGCUCAUGGCUGUUGGAGAUCCUUGUUUCUUGUAGUGAAUUGUAAAUUCCUGUGGGGGCAGAGAGAGAGAGCGAGCCUUCUUGAAAGUAGCUGGUGCAACGACAGCAACAAAUUUACUGUGUUGUCAGAUUUUCAGAGUCAAAUCUUACACCAAAAUAUUAUUUAUUCUGAUAAUACUGAAUAAGCACAUUUAAGAUGAUCAGUCUUCAAUGCAGCACCCAGUUUCUCUAAUCUUGUGUCAUGCCAGCUGUCUGAAAAAGUAAUGCUACACAAAAAACACAACAAAGUGACACAGUUGCUCUUUCAUGAGCUGAGAAGAGCAGAGAAUUUACAAACCCGGCAUUCCUCAAAAAUUACACUUGGUUUUGGAAGUGAAGGUAAGAACAAAUUAUGACAGUGCAUUUAUAUCUGAGCACUUCAAGCUGGUUCAGAAAUCUUUCUAGAGGUUCAAGGAAUUAAUCUUGCCCCAUAUGCCCCAGAGGUCUUGAUUCCAAGCAAUUGCCAAAGGGUGCCUGCAGCAGAACCUGACCAGAAAUGUGGUGUCCAGGAUGGCAGGGCUCUGGCAUUGCCUGCCACAGACCUCUGUAUUUGUCGCACACAGCUUUUGAUCUGUGCUUAAAUAGGUCAAGCACCCAGUUUACAAAGAUGCAAAUUUCUGAAGUUCUUGCCUUGGAAAUGUGCUUUCUGUAGUGCAACUGGUUGUUGGGCAUGUGUUUUCCAGCUUCAGGGCAUGUUGUGCAAGGUGUCACCACCUGGGAAACCUGGAGUUCUGUGUUUUCGGGGGUGGGGACCAACGUUCCCUGUCCAGUGUUGCCACAGCAAUAUUUUGGGGAAGGUUGUGGCAUUGUACUUUGCUACCUUGGUGGGGCUAAGGUUGCUGCAGGGAUUCCUCCAGGAAGAGUGCAUUCCCUCAGCUACAUCAUCUGGUCAUCAGGCAUCUUGUAGUCCUCAUAGGAAAGGCUAAAACACAAAGCAAACCAAAACUGUAGAUCACUUUGAAACAAACUUCCACUCAAACAUCAGGAAAUAAUUUCAGCAUUUAUCCUGAAAGUCUUUUAAAGUGCAUGCCUUAUGGACAAAGAGAAGCAACACUAAAGGGGAUCAUAAGUCUUGGGUUGUGCACGAUAGACAAAAGCUUGGGUCUCAGAAAAGUCAAAGGUGCAGAGCUGCUACAGCAACAUCAGUCAGCUCUCCUGAGAGUAAAGUGCCCCACCUUUUCUUCCCCUUCCCUACUCAUGCCAGGAAUUCCUCACAAUACAUACAUGAAUACUGUAGGCAUUCACAAUUGUGUGCACAGGCUCUAUUGUCCCUGCAAGUCUGAGGUGUAUUUUUUGCUCCCCUGAACAUAUCCAGACCUGAUUUUCUGAGCACACAAAAAGGUGCUGCACUCAGAAUAGUGGUGGUGUGACAUAUUAAGGCUCUUCAGCAUUUUGGUGAAGGAAACAGCUGCAGAAAAACUCAGCCCCAAAAAAACAGCAGGAGUUGUUUGGGUUGGAAAAAGGAGCUGUUGCAGAUGGUGUCUGCUCUUCUGGAGACCUUUCAUAGCCCACACAGCAUUGCCAGCAGCUGGCUCCAGAGCUCUGGCCUUGCCUGGGGCGGAUCAAGCUGUUAGCUUGUUUUAACACACACGUAAUGUGAAGGGAAACUUGAAUCCUUAAUCCAUUUUCUUGUGGCCUGAGAUGUUUCUAGCUGAUUGUCUGAAGCACAGACCUAUUUCAGAAAGCUUCAGUGCAGGGGCUGAUGUAUGGCAGUGGCCCUUGAGUGCCAGUUGUGACUGUCAUCAUGGGGAGCUGGGCAUAAGAACUUGUUUUCACCUCAAGCAGUGGCUGAUGUUCAAUGAUUUACUUUGUGCUCCUCAGUGGAUUUGUUUGUACUCUGAAGAACCCAAGCCUUGGGGAAGAUAUCUGAAAGAAAACAUUGAAUAUCAUUUCACCAUCAGCAACGGGCAGAAGCUUGCAAUUAACAAGUAUCUUUUUUUAAUUAAAUGGUGAUAACAAAACAAACCACAACAAAUCCCUACAAUUAAUCUGUGUUUUAACUGCCUUUUGAACAACAACCAAAGCUGUUCAUCAUCAGCAUGUCUGUUACUAAAAAAAUUAAAUGUCUUGCCCCUCCACUCUCUGUUCUGUGUUAAGAAACAAUUUUUCCACAGUAAGGAGGGAGAGGCAACAGACCACUGAUAAAUCACAGGUUGUUGGCCCAUUACCCACCUCCUGCAGAAAUAUGUUCUUUUACAUUUUCUAAGGAAACACGAGUACAUCUGCCUGUGUGUACAGCUGCAUCUUCCAGCACCAGACAACAGUAACCAGACCACAUGGUAAAAGGAGUGGAGCUCAUCCUGAAGUGCGAGGCUGCGCUUGUUUGGAGUGCCCUGUUCCACUUCAGUUUACCACAAAGCGAUUAAAACAUACCCUCUACCCUCAUUUCCAGUGUAAAGAGAACCUAACCAUAGCUGUUAAUCAAGUCAUUAUCAUGAAAAAGCAACUGGGAAAAAGGGAGGGGCCAUCCAUAGUUUUUUUGUAAAUAAGCUACAGCUUAACGGUUGAAAGCAUGCUGUUGCUCUUCCAGCAUUGACUACCGCUGAAAGCAAGGAUAAACAUUUAGUACAACUUCAAUACAAUUGGACCCCUUAUUCUAGCACAGAGCAAAUAACAUUCCCCAGAAGGUAAGUGGUGAACAUCCCAUAACAUGAUGCUAAAUACUGGUAUGAAGGUGUGUCGUGGUAUGAAGGUGUGGGUUUUCAUGGGGGCACUGGCAUUGGGCCAGCAUCAAACCGUGACAAGGUGGUACAGAUUUACUUAAAGAGAAUUAAAAUCCAGAAAAUAAAGUCUUUUUGGGGAAUAAUUAAAUACGUACUAUCCCACUUUUCUUUAUUGCUUAAAAGCUAACUAUGAAUUGUUUUUUCAGAUGAAUAUGAAGCCACUUAGAAAAGGUUUCUUGUCCUUAUAUGAUCUUGGCUAAUCCCAGUUUACAGUAAAAUAUGUACUCUUCCCCCUGUCCAGAGUUUCUACGGUUCUAUCUGCUAUUUCUAUCCCAUUGUUAGCUAUGAAACAACUUCCAGUUAUAAAUAUUGAUUACAGAGUUUCUGAUGUUAGGGUGUAACCUUUUGAGCUCUCAAAUCAGAUAAAAUGGUCAAACCACAAAUUGUGUGAACCUCAGCCAUAAAAUUGUUAAUACUAUGUUUAUGUUAUUUGAAACAUUUAAUAAAACAAAAUAUUUUAAAGCCA